GUAUAUAUAUAUUUAUAUCUAUUGACAACAAAAACAACUGCACCGCACAGCGUUUGCCAUUAUAGCAACAGCAAACGCCAAUACACAUAUGUACCUAUGCAAUCUAUGCACAGGCAACAACCAUUGCUGUUCAAAAUAAAUGGGGAGAUUAGCAUAAAUUCGGGCGACAUGGAAUUUGUUUUAUAGCUCACGCGCGACGCUGCAAUGCUAUAUAGUGAUAUUGUUCUUUUUGAGACCCGACCGAGUUUCUAAGUCUAUAGUUUUGUUUUUAAUCUACAAAACGAGGCUUCCAAAGUUUAUUUUAUACGUCUCUGAAGGGCUGACAGUUAGUGAGUGGUAGUGUCUUCCUGACGGAGGUGCAUGCGGAGGGUCACAAGCCAAGAAUUUCCAUGAGGGGUUAUAUAGAAGUUUCAAGGAAAGUCAUUGAUUUAUAUACAAUUUUAAUCACUACUGCUGACAAUACGGGGUCAGAAACCAUCAAUAAAAGAAAUAAAAUUACCUUUUUUUAUUGUUUUAUUUUAUUUUUUGUAAAAUGACGGAAAAUAGGAAAUACAAUUAAAAACCCGUUAUUCUUGAAAAUAAUACUGCCCAGUGAGCUGUGCGCCGGGUAUAAAACAACCACGAGCUUUGCCGAGUUGUGCAGCGCUGCCACCGUGGAAAAUCGAUAAAUUGUCGAACGUCACUACAUAGUAUAUGUAGAUACUUAAAGUAAAUGAGUGAUUUAAAACGGAAAAACACGCAGUGGCCUAGCAUUAACAAUAUGGCUGCUCAACGUAACGGCGCCGUUUGUUUUGUGCUCUACGCCACACUCUUGUUUGGCAGUCAACAAAAUGUCGCCGCUUUCAACUCCAUGCCCAAGGAGAAUAUUUUCGCCGAUGUGCUGCUCACCGAGCUGCUAAAUCGCAUGGACAAAGAAAUCGAUCCGAUGCAAAAUUAUUUCGAUUUGCUUGGUGAUGUGCCGAAAAGUGUUGAUCUGGUGUCGCGCUCUUCGAAGAACAACCACAAUGGGCCGGAUGAGUACGAGUACCGUGGCAUGUACGGUUCGCAUCCAUCCAUACGCGACCAAGAGUACAUGCAGCAUAGUUCCUUAUGGGGACAUCAGUACAUAAAUGGCGGUAUGGGUGAGAUGCCCAAUCGUUUCCCAGCCAUCAAGACUGAUGCUACAUUGCCGGCCUACUGCAAUCCACCGAAUCCCUGUCCCUAUGGCUAUGAGGAGAGUCAAGGUUGCAUAUCGGAUUUUGAGAAUACCGCUAUUUUCAGUCGCGAAUUUCAAGCAGCACAGGACUGCACCUGCGACAACGAGCAUAUGUUCGAUUGCGCUGGUCAAGACAGCAAUGCCAGCGCCAAUGAAAUGACCUCGACCAUGGAGAAGUUCUUGAUGCAUCAAUUUCAGAAUGAAAACGGUUUGGACAAUCCAAAUGCCGUGGUAAAGAAAUUUUAUGGCUUUGCAACAGGUCAUGGCGGUCCCAAUAAUCCCUUCUUGCAGGGUGAGAAGCUGCCCAUAGCCGCCAAAAAGGGUGAUCAUAUCAGCGCUUAAGCGGGUCACAUGUUAUUGGUGUAAUUGUUAAUAGAUGUUGUCAUUAGUUGCAAAUACUUAACCAAGCACACAUUUAAAUAUGGUAUAUAUGUACGUAUGUAUGUAAAGGAAUAUAUUUGUGUUGUCAGAAAAUAUCAUGCUAUACAUACAAAAUUUACUAUGACGAGUGGCUAUGUCAUUUUUGAAGCAUCUAAAUGUUGAAAACCUGAAUUAUAAAAAUAUGCGAAUAUGAAAAGUUCGCAUCGCUGCCCUCAAGUUAAAAUAUUUAAUCUUUAGUUGCUAGAAAAUGAUUUCCGACUUUGUUUAAAUGUCAAAUUGUUUACAUGUGGCGGGCAUAUUAAGGCAUAUAAAAGACACAACUGUAAUAAUCAAGCUCUCUUAUUUGCUGAGCAUUACUUUAGUCUAAUUGUUAAAACAAAAUUUGUAUCAACUGUAACUAAAAUUCUUAUCGGUAUUAUAAAUAUAUAUGUAAACAUCCAAUAUAUGUAUCAGUAAAUAAAAUAAUACAAAAAAAAAAAGAUUAAUAAAAA